GGGAGAUUAAAACAGUCAAUGUAACUUUUUUCUUGUCACUCUGUUAUCUCUGUUUUCCAUUUUGACCAAGCCUCGCUUUUAGGCAUGAAAAGACACUCUAAUAUUCAGAAAUGCAGUUGUAGGAAUGGUGGUACAGAGACAGAGACGGAAUAGAUAUUUUGUUAGGAGGCACAGUCUAAAGGAGACGGAGGAGUUUGGAAGCUGUAGCGUUAAGUGGAAGCAUGCUUUCUGAGUACACCGUGCAGGAUGACUUGUAAUGAGAAGAAGGACGCGGCGUUUGCUUAUGAAUCUUCUGUGCACUCCAAGAACCUUCUACUUCGUCUUAACGCCCAGCGAGAGCAAGGCCUCCUCUGCGAUGUGACCGUAGUGGUGGAAGACCAGAGGUUCCAGGCUCACCGGGCCGUGCUGGCCGCUUGCAGUGAAUACUUCCUAUCCCGCGUAGUGCCGCCGUGCGACGGCGAUUCCAUAGUCACCUUACCUGAAGAGGUAACCGUGAAAGGCUUCGCCCCGCUCCUUGAGUUUGCAUACACGUCUAGACUCCUUGUCAACAAGGAUAAUUUAUCGGAAGUCAGAAAAUGUGCUACCAUCUUGGAGAUUCAUGACAUAGAGGAAACAUGCUUCCAUUUUCUCAAACUGAAAUACCUGGAUAAUAAACCGGAGACUCAAGAUUGCCCUAGAAAAAAAUGCUGCAAGUCAUUUUGUCCAAAAGCGAACGUUCAGUGCGAACAGGAUUAUGUAGUCGGCCUGGAAAUCGAUGAGGUGGAAGAGCUUUGGAAGGAAGAGUUUCCCCAAAGUCUGAAAUGUACAACCGAGAUCGAAAAUUUAUCUCGGGCUACUGAGAGUCCUAAAAGGCCAUGCGAAACCUCAUGCUUUGCCAAGGAUAAUUCCCAAGGGUUCUCUUCCCUAUGCCCAAAAUAUAGAAAGUUUCAGAAAGCCUGUAGAGUCGGGCGCGUUCGAUCUGUGAGCACAUGUUCCGGGAGUCAAGAAGCUCAGAGUCCCUCUUCUAGUGUUUCAACGGAGAUAUCUGAAAAUGUAACUUUGCCGAAACCUCAGGAGAACGCGAGUGAUCAGCUAGACAAUAAAAACGAGAGUCCGCUUGUAGAUAUGGAAAGGUACGAGAUAAACCCACCAGACAGCAAUAUAACGUACCAUAACCUUACAUAUGCCGAAGAGAAAACCAGUGCCAAGUUGGUGUUUCCUCCUUGCUUUUCUCUGGAACCUCGCAAUUUUAACUCUGUGCCUUUCCAAUGUACCUACGAGCCGUUACGCAACUUGAACUACAUUGAUAUGCAUAAUGACUCCAAUACACCGCUUCCUCCGGAGAACGUCGGCACAGAAGAAAGUGCUAAUCGGAUCGGAGAAUUCUCUGGCCCAAAGCAGGUGAGCGAGCCGGAUGUGUGUGUCCCUGGGGAGUCUCUCCUGACCAGAGAACGUAGCAUCGAGGAGAGAGAAGUUGCAGAGCACCUUGCGAAAGGCUUUUGGCCUGACAUUUAUGGGACUGAACUAACAUGUCCACCGGGGAUAGAACUGAUGCCUGCCAAAGAACCUGCUGUGCAACCCAACGCGGAGAAAAGGUCGGAAUGUCCGUGGCUUGGAAUAUCCAUCAGCGAAAGCCCGGAAAGAACGUUUACAACGCUCAGUUCCGUGGCGUGUCCGUUCAUCAGUACGCUUUCCAGCGAAGGGAGUGCCAACAAUCUCGAAACAAACAAUGAAGAAUGCCUCCAAGGGAAGCAGCCAGAAAAAUGUCCGUACGCGUGUUCUGUUAGCGUGGAAGGAGAUUCUGAAACAGACAGCGAGGGCGAUAGCGGGGAAUCUCUUUCGGCCAGAGAGCGGGAAUGUGAGAAGAAACUGCCUUUCAGCGCACAAAAGAUCAUUUCGCUUUCCCGGUAUGACUUCCAGUCGCUGGUGAAAAUGCACAACCUCACUGCCGAGCAGUUAGACUUCAUCCACGACAUCCGCAGACGCAGCAAGAAUAGGAUCGCUGCCCAGCGCUGUCGCAAGAGAAAACUGGACUGCAUCCAGAAUCUGGAAACCGAGAUUCAAAAACUGGAAGAUGAAAAAGAACAUUUGCUGAAGGAAAGAGACCAACUUUUGUCCACCCUUGGGGAAACCAAGCAGAAUCUCAGCGGCCUGUGCCAGCAGGUGUGCCUGGAAGCUGCGCUCAGCCGCGAGCAAAUCCAGAUCCUGGCAAAGUAUUCCAGCUCCGAAUGCCCUCUUUCCUUUCUGACGUCGGAGAAAGACAAGCUGCUCCUGCAGUGCCCGUCCAUGCUGCAAACAUGCCAGCAAUUCACCGAAGGUUCACCGGGGGUAGCCAGCCAGCAUGAUAGAGGUGGAAGUAACAAGAUUUUACCGAGCAUGGGUCCAAUGCAGAACGUAAGCCCCCAAGAAGAAUUACUGGAGAAACCAAGGAGUCAAAGUGGGAUAACCGAUUUCUGUCAGCAGAUGACUGAUAAAUGCACUACUGAUGAGCUACAUUAGGACCUUUUGCCGUGGCCCCUUAUCGGGCUCCAUAUUGGGAAGAAAUUCCUUAAUUUUCUACAUUUAUACGCCUCGGAGAGAAAUCCUUAAAUGUUUUUUUUAAGGGGGGGGGGAAACAUCUGAACGCAAAGUUCAAAACAGAAGCAAGACUUCUGAAUACGAAAUAUAACUUCUCAUUUU